UACAGGCUACCAUUCCAUGGAGGAAAUGAAAGUGGACAUGAUAAGGCGUCUUGGUUCUACUCCUAAAGGAUUCACAGCGCUUUGUUCCCAGAUGUGAAUACGUUAAUGUUAGUGGGCUAAACAGAACACGGAUUUGCUUUGUUAUAGUCGACUGUGUGUGGAUCACCGGGCUUUAGUGACAAAAAGUUGAGAAGGUUGACAGUAAAACAAUAGUAGACAUUAUCUGCGCCUUGCGCAGCUUGGAGCAGUUAGUACAGCCGUGUGGCCAACAGUCCAGGUGCGCGUUUUGGAAAUGGAGCGAAACAUUGAAACCUUUUCUCUUUGGAAGUUUAUUCUUUUUCGUAUCGGCACUCGAUUAUAGAUGUAAUGGGAAUACAAACGGACAUAGCAAGCCAACCAUGAGUGUUGAGAAACAUGGCUUGCGUUAUCAUUUUCCAUGCGUAAUGGGCAAAUAACACCAGCUAGAAAGAAGCACCAUAUUUUACAGGGCCGUGGACAGCGGUAGUGAUGAUUUCAGCUGGUGGAGUGAUUACGGGUCACCUUGCUGCACUGAAGAGGCAGGACUCAGCCCGCUCCCAACACCACCUGCCCAUCCAGUCCCCAGCCCCAGGAGAGGCCCAGGAGAAGAGGAGGGCCAAGCGCAAACCCAGGGCCGACGUUGUGGUGGUCAGGGGAAAGAUCCGCCUCUACUCUGCCUCUGGGUUCUUCCUCAUCCUGGGUGUAUUGAUCCUGCUGAUGGGCAUCGCCAUGGCCGUGCUGGGCUACUGGCCACACAGAGAGGACCUCGCAGCGGCCAACGCCAAACUAUCCACCAACGACACUAGGGUGACCCGGGAGGAAAGCGGUACACUGGCCCAGUUCUUUGAGCAGCACCUGCACUCUGAGAAGAUGAAGAUGCUUGGCCCCUUCACCAUGGGUAUCGGUAUCUUCAUCUUCAUCUGUGCCAAUGCCAUCCUGCACGAAAACAGGGACCGGGAGACCAAGGUGAUCCACAUGAGAGACAUGUACUCCACCGUCAUCGACAUCCACAGCCUGAGGAUCAAAGAGCACAAGUACAUGAACGGGGCCUACUCAGGCUCUUGUAGGGAGCAUGAGGUCCGGACCUAUGAGAACCAGUGUGCCUCCAAGCUUGCUGCUAACACCCUGCUAGGGUUCCCCGGCAUGGGGAACAAUGUGAGGGUGUCUCGCAGGGCCAGCUCUACGGAGGACGAGGAGGGUCUUCUCAACGAGGCCAAAGGGGGGCAUGGUCUCCUGCCUUCAUUCUACAGAGAGCGCUCUGGCUCCAUCUUUGGUCUGCAGCAUGAGGGCAGCCGCCACAGGGACGAGAAGAGCAGCUUCCCCAAGAGAUGCCAGACCAGGUCAAUCGUCUCGUCCUCGAUCAGCGCUUUCACCUUGCCCGUUAUCAAGCUCAACAACUGUGUGAUCGACGAGCCUGACAUGGACAACAUCACAGAGGACCUGGAGCACAUUAGUGUUAGGUCCCGACCCCCCUCUGUGGAGUCCCUGGCUGUGCCUGUCCCGGCAGACAUUGCCAAAGCCUACAAACCUCCCGACGUCAUGCUCCUCAGGAGUAACUCAGCCACAGAGUCCCCCUCCUUCUCGUCCUCUCAUAGCUCUCUGUCCGCAGGCUCUGCCAGUGGGAGGUACCUGUCCCCCGGGACUGCCCGCAAGGACUUCGGCUCCAACAACUCCCUCCACAUGCUGUCUUCUCACUCCAAGUCUCUGGACCUGGAUCGAAGGCCCACCACCCUAACAGUGAAGCCAGAGCAAAGGAAACAUCCCAGCUGGCCCCGGCUGGACCGCAGCAACAGUAAAGGCUACAUGAAGCUGGAGAACAAGGAGGAUCCUAUGGACAGACUGCAGCUGCCCCAGGUAGCAGUCAAACAGGAUUACACCAAGAAAGAGAAACUGCUCAUGAUCUCCAGGUCUCACAAUAACCUCAGCUUUGAACACGAUAAGCAGUUCAUGAGCAACACUAUGAAACGAGGGAGCUCUGAGACCAGGUUUUAAAUGGAACUCUUACAAAACCUGGUCUCAGACGUGUUUGUGCUGUCUUGCCAACUCCUAUGGUCAUUUCCACCUGAUGAGGACCAUAUGAGUUGGCAAGAAAGCACAAACACAUCUGGUUCCAGGCUAUAUGAAGCCCACUACUUGGACCUAAAUCUAACAAUGUGUUUGUUUGUGUGACAAGAUCAUUCUGCAAUACAAUUCUAGCUGUUCACUGUCAGUGUUGCUUUGUAAAUUGUAAGUGUGAUCACAUGUCGUUUUGGGAUGGAGCUCUCAGGUAGUCCGUCUGUUUGCAGUCUAAAGAAAGAGUGGCUGUGUUACGUGUGUGAGCUGUUUGCAGCACAAAUCAAUUCAUACAUUUUUUCAAAUUAGGUUCAAAGUGAACUUAGAAGUACAGAAACCUACACCAUUAACUUGUGGUUUUUCUUGUCACGUUUCUAUAGUCUGUGUGUUGUUGCAACACGCUGUACUUUUUGUUCAAACUGGUCAGUGUACGUACAAGAGUUGUUUAGAUAUUUUGCUAUGGAGCUUUUAAUAAUGUAUUGUUCUCAACACACAUUGCUAUUUUUUUUAAAGAAAAAGGCGUAAAAUGUACCAUUUACAAAUUUCUCCGAAUAAAAUUAAGCUUU